UGGCGCUGGCCUCCAGUCGCUAAUGCAUAACAGUCCUAGUGUUUGCCAUAUUAUGCAUGCAGAUGUGUCGUACAGCUGCAUCCCUUAGGAUCUUUAUAUAUUUCCAGCUGUUAAGAGCCCUUGGAAAUAUGAGCCAAACGUCAGAGCCUUCAGCCGAUGCUGCUGUGACUGAAGCUCCAGUUUCUCAAUCUGAAACCAAGCAAUCAACAGCAGGGAAGAAACAGAACAAAAAGAAAGUAGAAGAAGUGGUGGAAGAAGAAGAAGAGGAGUAUGUUGUAGAGAAGGUCUUGGAUCGGCGCGUGGUGAAGGGAAGAGUGGAGUAUCUCCUCAAGUGGAAAGGCUUUUCUGAUGAGGACAACACCUGGGAACCUGAGGACAACCUGGACUGUCCUGACCUCAUAGCAGAAUUCCUUCAGUCGCAGAAAUCGGCUGAAUCUGGAGGCAAGAGGCGGGCCGAAUCUGACGGAGAUGGAAAGGAGACCAAAAAGCGCAAGGAUGAGCCUGAGAAACUCAGAGGUUUUGCACGUGGUUUGGAUCCUGAGAGGAUUAUUGGUGCUACAGACUCAAGUGGAGAACUCAUGUUCCUCAUGAAAUGGAAAAACUCUGAUGAAGCUGAUCUAGUACCAGCCAAGGAGGCGAAUGUAAAGUGUCCACAAGUGGUCAUCUCCUUUUACGAGGAACGCCUCACCUGGCAUUCAUACCCCACUGAAGAGGAAGAGAAGAAGGAUGACAAAAAUUAGACGACAACAACGGAAAAAAAAAAUUUGAUGUAAGGACAGUCGAUAUCAGUCGUGGCCAUUGAUCUGCUUAUUUGUUGUUGUUGUUUUUUAAAGAUGGCAAAGGAAAAUUGUCAGAAACAAACUUGUACAAAGCAACAGUAUAAACUGUAAUCUACAUAGGUUUCAGCGUAUUUUAGUUUUGGCACCAUUGCCGUAGAUGAAGCGAAUAGAACACUAGAAAGGUGACUUUGCACCUUUAAUGUACUCUUUA